AUGGUCUACUGUGGCCCGCCUUCUAAGGGCUGUGCGAGUUGCCGGGAGAGGAAAGUCAGGAGGAAAUUGGCGCUAACAUGCACAUAUAAUGCCAUGCAGUGUGAUCAAAAGGAACCCAGCUGUGGUCAGUGCGAGAAGAGAAAUGUGUCAUGUCCUGGGUAUAGGAAUAUGCAGGACUUGAUGUUUAGAGACGAAAGCUCUCAUGUGAUUAAGAAAGCAAAAGCCCGCGCCCGCAAGAAGGACGCUGGUGGUACUGUGGACAUUCCAUUGAGGUCUGACCGGAAUCCCAAGCCGUCAAGCUCGGGUACCAAUCCGGCCGCAGAAAAACUGUCAGCCCGUAAGAAGAGGUCCUCGCCACUGACCCCUGAAACUCACCUCUCCACUGGGUCCUCUACCUCGCCCUCCUCACGCAGCGAUAGCAGCAGCUCGUCAGACGAGUCUAAGCAUGAUAAUGACCAGUCUCUGAUACAUGUACCACAAACCGCCACCACCCGACCAAGAUCCCCCGUGCUAAGUUUAUUAUAUGCCCUGAGCCCUACUCAGCACGAGAAGGGGACCGCCUUCUUUUUCUCCCGCUACGUCGCCAUCGACAAGUAUGCCUGUCACCAAAGAUUUGACUUCAUCUACGACAUCUGGACUCCAGGAACGCUGGCGCCAGAACACAAUGUCGACAGCGUCAUGGCCAGCAUCACUGCCGUCGGCCUUGUCGGUCUUUCCAACCUGACCAGCUCCCCCGAAGUGCUUGACAACGCCCGGAAGUCAUACAUCUCGGCUCUCAGACUCAUCAACAACGCCCUGCGUGCUCCGACGGAAGCUAUCAAGGAUACCACGAUGCUGUCUAUUCUAAUCCUGGGACUCUUUGAGCUCAUUGCAGACUCGGACGCCCGCAACAUCAAACCCUGGCAGGAGCAUGUCAAUGGCGCCGCAGCCCUCGCUAAACUUCGAGGUGUGAGCCAGUUCCAGACUCGAGCAGGCAGCAAGAUGUUCAACAUGCUAUGUCAAAUGCUUAUGGUGUCCUGUAUACAGCAGGGCAUCCCAAUGCCUCAGCCACUCCUGGACCUGCGUGCCGAGCUCGCAACCAAAAUCAAUUCGCCCAAGUCCAGCAUCGAAGUCUCCAUGCCAAUCUUCAGGGUAUUACAGUUUCGAAGUGAAGUCCAAAGCGGGAGACUCCCGACCCCGGAGGCCAUCAUAGACCGUCUGAUUGAGAUGGACAAUGAGUUCAAGCAGGUUACGGCCAGGUUACCAGCGUCGUGGGUUCCCCGGGUGUUCAAGCUGUCGCAGUCGCACAGGGGCGUUUUUGGUGGCAUUUACAACGUAUAUCCGUCAAUGGACAAGGCUGCCAUCUGGAACGGAAUCUGGUCCUGCAGAAUGCUCAUCACCGAAACGAUACUCACCGAGAUACACAGUCGUUUCAGGGACGUUGACCCUUCCGAGGUGCCACCAAAUUACGUCCGGGCGUUCAGGGAAGCGAGAACCGAGCUUUCAGAGAUGUGCGUAUCGAUCGUGGCGACUGUACCGCAGCACGCAGGUUUGAUCGGUACCCCUGACUCGACUGGUCUCUAUGACAUGACGACCGGCAUCCCAACGAUGGAAGUCCCAGCCUUUUCAUACGGGUCCGCAGCGGCCUCCACAGACGGCGAUGGCGAAGACUUUUGGAAGUCGGGCUAUAACACUGGCUACGAGUUUGGGGAUUUCGUAGAGCGAACAUUACAGCCCGUUCCUGAUGACAGCGGUCCUACUCUUCUUGAUCCUGUCCGGGCGAUCGCUGACCCCAUGGAGGAGGCUCAUCGCCUGAUGCUCUUGGUGUCGGCGGGCAACAACAUCGUUUGGCCUCUCUACCACGUCGGCAUGUCAUCAGUGUGCCCACCAGCAAUGAAGGCUUACUGCAUUGAGAGGCUAGACGCGGUAUACAAGGAGUCUGGGCUGCGACAGGCAAGCGCCAUCGCCACCAUAAUUGCGAAUCGCGAAGUUUUUCCACGGUGGCUGGAGCUUUCGUUUGCAGAUAUUAACGCAUGA